AGAGAGAGAUUCGUGGCAUUACAUCACUUCAGGAGAAUGUGAUUGGCUGGCGAUCAAGGCGCCUGCAGUCCUGCACGUCUUCGCCAUAACAACCGAGACUAAGCUGCGUGAUAUCAAAUGCAUCUUUUUCUAUAGACAAACACAAGGAAUUAAUUGGAUUGACAUUCGAGUCCUUGGCUGGGAAGAUGGCAGAAAGCGAGGUGGACACGCCGAGCACCCCGAUAGAGUAUGAGAGCAAAUACUUCGAGCAUCAUGGAGUUCGCCUUCCUCCUUUCUGUCGAGGGAAGAUGGACGAGAUCGCCAACUUCUCCCUCCGAAGUAGCGACAUAUGGAUUGUUACUUAUCCAAAAUCAGGUACGAGCCUGCUGCAGGAGGUAGUGUAUCUAGUGAGCCAGGGGGUGGACCCAGAUGAAAUUGGACUCAUGAAUAUUGAUGAGCAACUUCCAGUGUUGGAGUAUCCUCAGCCUGGUUUAGAUAUUAUACAGGAGCUGACAUCACCUCGAUUGAUCAAAAGUCACCUGCCGUAUCGCUUCCUCCCCACGGCCAUGCAUAACGGCGAGGGCAAGGUUAUCUACAUGGCCAGGAAUCCUAAAGAUCUGGUGGUCUCCUACUACCAGUUUCACCGCUCUUUAAGAACCAUGAGCUACCGUGGAACCUUUCAGGAGUUCUGUCGGCGCUUUAUGAAUGACAAGUUAGGAUAUGGCUCCUGGUUUGAGCAUGUGCAGGAAUUCUGGGAACAUCGCAUGGACUCCAAUGUCCUCUUUCUAAAAUAUGAGGAUAUGUACAAGGAUCUGGGUACGCUGGUGGAACAGUUGGCACGGUUCCUGGGUAUCUCGUGUGAUAAGGCUCAGCUGGAGAGCAUGGUGGAGAGCUGCAAUCAGCUCAUUGAGCAGUGCUGUAACUCAGAGGCUCUGUCCAUCUGCAGGGGUCGGGUGGGCUUGUGGAAGGACAUCUUCACUGUGUCCAUGAAUGACAAGUUUGAUGCCGUGUACCGACAGAAGAUGGGGAAGUCUGAUCUUACCUUUGAUUUUGGUCUGUGAAUGAACCACAUGGCGAACAGGACUCAACCAAUCAGACCAACCUGCUCUGCUUGACACUGUCUGCACUCGCUAGAAUGGCCCCUCAUACACCUUUCACCUCUUCACCCUCCCUUCCCUCCCUUCCCAAUUUCAUCUCCGGCCUGACUUAGCUUAUGUGUUAAAAAAAAAAAAAAAAGGUUGCUCCUUGAUAGAAGACUUGAAUCAGCACGUGUAACACAGCGAAGGUAAAUUUGAUCCAAAGUCGAUAUGUAAAGAUAUUUUCUGCCUGGAGCUUCAUCAUCAAGUGUGUUUGCAGCGUGUUUGUGUAAUCCAGUGCAUCAGCAAUGCUUUAAUGCUUUAGCCUGGUGACAAGUGUGAGUAAAAUGCUUGGUGCAUUACAUAUUGUAUAGAGCUCUUCUUAUAGUACCCAUUUAUGAAAUGUAUAUUUAUCAAAUAUGGGAAAUGUCAUUUAUAUUCUAUACACUAAAACCUCAUUACAAUGUCUGAGAGAUAUUCGGAAAAGUUUUCAGUUUGCUUGAUUUCUUAGCUUUUCGUAAAAUAAUUGGCAAGAUGAUAUAUUAUAUAUGCAUUCAACCAAUCACAGGUCUGUGUCCUGGCACUGAAAGGUGUGACAGAUAUAAAUAUUUGUAAAGUCAAUCACCUUUGUUUCUGAGAAUACUGAUAAUCUGAUAAAUAUUGUUUGUUUGCUGAAGUGAACAGUAUUACAGAUUAUGUUUCUACACAUGUGCAUGCAUACUUCCCAGUUUACUGUCUGAGUGUGUAAGUGUGUGUGUGCGUAUGAGUGGCAUUGAUUCUUUUAAGCAAUAUUUUAUCAUUUACAGCAGCCUGGUAUAUUGUGUAAGCGCUAUGUUGAUAGAGUCAGGAUAAUGCUUUCUGCUCCAAGCUCAGUAUCUCCACUUCACUUCCUUCAUCUGUCUAAAAGGUUAGGACAGACAGAGUGGGGGUGGACAAAUCGAUUAGCAAAUUGAUUAGCGAGCCCACUGGGCAAGUAAAAGCUCUAAUGUGCUGCUCAGUCAAACGUUUUGAUUCCCUAGUAAUUUAACUGACUAGGCUAAAAAGUGGUAGCUAACAUUAUGUAAUAAAGUAUGGAGAAUAUGGCUAUGACUCAGCCAUAGUCAUUAUCCUUUUCUAAGAAAGGGUCCAAUCGAGUCGCAUAUCAUGUUUGUGCCCUCAAGAAAAAGCCAGCAAGUCACUGGUCAAGGUUCAAGGUUCUUUAUUUGUCACAUACAUUACAUACAUGUGAUGUAUUAAUGUAGUGAAAUGUUUUUCCUUAGUGCCUCGUCCCACAGUGCAACAGUGAUACAUAAUAAAACAGAAUAUAAUGUUGAAUAAAAGCCGAAUGGUCAACGCUUGGGCUGUAAGUAGCCCAACUUUACUGUACUUUACGCUACAAUUUAUUUUGCUCUGUUUUUUAACAUCUCAAAAUAAUGAGAUGUUAACUUGAAUUUAUGAGUAAUUAAAGAAUGAGAUAUUGUUGAAAUAACAACAUAUCUUCAAACGAGAUAACUCAAAAUUACGAUAUAACCUGAAAUGAGAUAACCUGAAAUAAUAUCUUGAAGUAACAAGUUAAUAACUUUUAAAUAAAUAAUAAAUAACUGCAUAUCUUGAAACUCUAAAUAUUGACAUAAUAUAUUAAAAAGAGACAACCCAAAAUAAUGAUAUUAUAUCUUGAAACAAGAUGAUGUUCUUUUGGCUGAUGAUUGGUUAUUUGAUUUAGCACAGGUUUUAUGCUGGAUGCCCUUCCUGGCACAACCCUCUCGUUUCAUCUGGGCUUAAGACUGGCACUGCGAGUGCACUGGCUUGCGCAACCCCAGUGCCUAGGUUGGUUGGUUCCUUGCCUGGGAAUCAAACCCAGGGCGUGUCACUGGUCUUUAGCCACUAGACCACCAGGGAACAAUUAUAGCUCGAAAUGAGAUAAUGACACAAUAUUUUAAAAUGAGAUAACUCAAAAUAAUGACUUAACAUCUUGAAGUAGCAAGAUAAUAACUCAAAAUAAUAUCUUGAAACAAGAUAACUAAAAUAACAACAUAUCUUGAAAUUAGAUAAUUCGAAAUAACAUCUUGAAAAGAGAUGACAUAUCUUGAAAUAACAUAAGAACUUGAUAUAAUGAUAUAAUACCUAUUGAUAUAAUGUCUUUAUAAUGAAUUAAGUUGAAAUGGCAAAAUAAUAAGAUCUUAAGUUAAAAUGACGACUUGAUAUAAUGAAAUAUUAAGCAAAAUUACAACAGAAUAUCUUGAAAUAGCCAGUUCUUCGGUUAAAAUUAAGUCAAAAUAAUGACAUGGCACUGAGGUGUGUGCUGUAGUUACCGGAUCAAGGGGCUCACACCAACCUUGAAGCACACUGCAUUUAAAUAUAGACAACAAAUUAAAAACGCUUUUGUGAAAGUCUGUACUGAGAAAUAUUGGUUCCUUCUCUGGUUGCUGAACGAGAGGAGAAAAAAAAAACGCUGGUGAUGAAUAAAAAAUGAAUAGCUCAGAUAAGUAAUCUGAUUUGUCCACCCCUGGAGAGUGUGACAGCUUACACAAAAAUACACUACACCAUAGUGUGUCUAUGAAUGACACGCUGUUUCUGUUCUAAACACUCAGUCAAGCUCAUUAAUAUCAUGCAGCUAUAUUACACAUUAUUAAUGUAAAACGUCCUACUCGAAGAUUUUAGAGCUCGAGGCCCCUCUACACAUGCCGUUAAUGAGAUCUUCACAGUUUCUAUCCUGACUUAAAAACACCUUACAUCUUUAUUGAAACCUUUCACAUACUUGUUACAUAUCUCACAGAUUUUCUUCUCUUUUUUUUUACUGUGCAUUUUUACGGAGUUGCUGAGGUGACAUGGUGGUUAUAUUUUAAUAAGGUGUGACCAUGAGUUAAUAUAUUAAGGUUUCUGGAGAUUCAUUUCGUGGCCACAAAGCGCAAGGUGUCCAAAAACUAUCUUUAAAACUUUGAUACUAAAUGGAAAAUGUACUAACAUGCAUAGAAUUGCAGUUCAAGGAAAUUUAGACACACAAAAGUGUUUUUUCUUAAAUUAACAAAGUUACAAAGGUUCACUAUGAGCACUAUGAGCACAGCUUAAUGUGUUUCUCUGUACAAUAUGACAAUCCUAGUAUUUCUACACCUCCUGCUUAACUUUUUAUGCUGGAUAGAAGUUGCUAAGAUCAUUUUUGGACACUCUGUACUUUAACUCAUGGCAAAUACUGUAUUAUCAAAUGAGUGAAACAAAGAAAUCUCUUGAUUUAGAUCAGUGUGGAUACUGGAACCUAAACACAGUGAUGAGUGAUAAUCGUACACUUCAAUCUUGAAAUGAAGUAUAAAGACGUUCUGGAGUCUCUGGCGUAUUGACAUUAGCCCACAUCACCAUAAGUGAAUUUUAACCGAGGAUUUCCACCAAAUAAUUAACUGGAGGCCUCAUAUUAAGUAUGAUGUUCUAUAACACAUGAACUCAUGGGCUCAAGUUAUGUAAUUCAUGGCCAAGACUUCAGUAUCUUGUAGCCACAACAUAAUAAUGCAUGACCAUGAGAUACUUAAAGGCCUCAAAAUAUUAACUUGUGGUCUCAAUAUAAUAAUUUUUAGCCAUGCCUUAUUUUAAUUAGAAAAUGCUAUCAUUAGAAGAUGAACAAGAUCUCAGGUGAACAUGGGACUAGAUCUCGUACAAUUUCAUACAAAUUAAGAACACUAAUCCCACCCCCAAAUCCUAAUCCUAAACCUGACCUUUACCUUACAUGUUGAAUAAUGCGAAUAAUUAUAAAGCAGCAAGUGUAAGAUCAUACUGAAACCAAAAUAAUUUACAAUCAUUUAUUUUUCAGUGCUUGAGGACACUUUUUUAUCUUUCACUAGAGUAUAAUUUCAACUAGCUACAGUGGGGUCCAAAAGUCUGAGACCACACAUUUCCAAUUUUUCAUUUAAAAUUGGAAAUAAACAGAAGGUUUUAGAAUUUUGAAAUAUUUAAAAAAUACAAAGAAAGUAAAUGUUCAAUAUCUUGAAUAUUUAAUAUUCAAGAUUUUGCACUAUUUCCAGAUCCCUAUUUAAACAUAAGCAAAUGUGUGAUAUUGAUCAUGUUAACCGCUUUGUACAAAAGAUCAGAUUUUUCCUCAUGCCUGAUCUCUUCUAUUGAAGCAUGUGUUCAAACGACACUCCGAUGGAUUUGAUCUAAAAUGGAUCAUCAGGUUUCGCACAAACUUAUGGAGUCCAUGCCAGCUCGAGUGCACACUGUCAUUAAAGCAAACCAAGGAUGUACCAAAUACUAAGAAACUCUGACAUUCAUGUAAAUAUUUCAAAGAUUCUACUUUUCACUCAAGUUGUUGUCAAUAAUAUAAUUUUAAACUUUUAGACUGCACUAUAUAUUCACUUAUAAUUAAAGUUUUGAUUAAGAAUAUAAUUUAUUCAUUCGCUUCUCAUAUUUGGACAAAAUAAAGCUAUAGAUUUUAUUUCAGUAUAGAGUCAGACCUAAUGCCUCAGUCUUGGAGCUGGUGUGUUGCCACAUCCACAGUAACACCCUGCUAUCAGUUACAGCUCCCAGCAUCUCACAGAACUAGUGUGUACUAGUGUGUUCUCUGAGGCCAACACACUCUGUGCUGUAUCUAUAAGCCACUAGGUUAGCUGUUAGAUGCUGUGUGGGAGUGGAGGGUCACUCAGUGCAUUGUUUUUUUCCUGCCUGUUUGAUGGUUUAUUAAUAAAGUUACAUCUUUGAA